AAGCGCAAAAAGAAGCACCUAUCACUCUCUCUCUUCCUCUUUCUCUCUUCUUUUUAUGCGCCCUCUCCACUCGUCACUCGAUUCAAGCUCGCUCCUUUUCGCCGCUGAAUCCCAGCUUUCAUUUGGAGCUCCGCAACCGGAGAUCCGCUCUUGGUGAGCAAGCCGAAUCGCUGUUAACCUCGGCUUCCUGCUGCAUUACUGCGCCAAAAGGCUGCUUCCUCGCCGGAUCCGGUGGUUCUUGCCUCACAGAUUUGGCCGCGGAGAACCCUAGCUUUCGGGGGUUGCCAGUAGAUUGAAGGCGGUGGAUGUCGUCACGCUUGGGUUGUUCUCCGAUGGGUAAUUGCUGGGGCGCUAAGGUCAAGGCGGAGAACCCCUCCCACGACGUCUUCGCUUCAGAUUAGGGAAUCCACCGUUCUCUUGUCAAUGAAUCACUUUUGGUCGUCGUUCGGAGGCGGACGGAGGAGCCUACCUGACCCCUUUCCGUCGUCCACUAAUGCCUAGUGUUAAACCUUCUAAGAAGAGGUGUCAGAUGUGCUACCGCGCAGGUGAUGAGUGGUGGCACGAUGAAUGAUCCUGGCACCAAGGAGACAUGCAGAUGCAGACACUGUAUUUGAAUGCCUAGGAGAGGACUCUCCACAUGGGAGCAGGAAGGGAAACGUUUUAAACAGUUCCAGCAGCAGGGUGUCUGCGUCCUCCGUGCCGCCGACUCCACGGAGUGAGGGUGAGAUCUUGACGUCAUCCAAUCUGAAGAGCUUCACCUUCAAUGAACUCAGAACUGCCACCAGGAAUUUCCGGCCAGACAGUGUGUUGGGAGAGGGAGGCUUUGGUUCAGUCUUCAAGGGAUGGAUCAAUGAGCACACGUUGGCAGCAGCUAAGCCUGGGACUGGAAUGGUUAUCGCUGUGAAGAAACUCAACCAGGAAGGUUUCCAGGGUCACAAAGAAUGGUUGGCGGAGGUUAAUUACUUGAGUCAGCUGUCUCAUCCUAACCUUGUAAAGCUUAUUGGGUACUGCUUGGAGGAUGAACAAAGACUUCUUGUGUAUGAAUUCAUGUCUCGGGGAAGCUUGGAGAAUCAUCUCUUCCGGAGGAGUUCAUACUAUCAGCCACUCUCCUGGAACCUCCGCAUGAAGGUUGCUCUGGGAGCUGCAAAAGGACUUGCUUUUCUGCAUAGCAGCAAGGCGAAAGUCAUUUAUCGUGAUUUCAAAACCUCCAAUGUGCUUCUUGAUUCAAAUUAUAAUGCAAAGCUUUCUGAUUUCGGAUUGGCGAAAGAUGGUCCUACUGGUGAUAAAAGCCAUGUUUCUACAAGGGUCAUGGGGACAUAUGGAUAUGCUGCUCCUGAGUAUCUUGCAACAGGACAUUUGACUGCCAAGAGUGAUGUCUAUAGCUUUGGAGUUGUUCUUCUCGAGAUAUUGACUGGCCGACGUGCCAUCGACAAGAACCGCCCCACCGGAGAGCACAAAUUGGUGGAGUGGGCGAAGCCUCAUCUUGCGAGCAAGCGAAAGAUCAUCAGCAUCCUGGAUUCCAGAUUGAGAGCACAGUACUCACUGGCAGGAGCCCAGAAAAUAGCCGGUCUCGCAGUCCGGUGCCUGUCCAUGGUAACAAAGCACAGGCCAACCAUGGAUCAAGUGGUGGUGGCAUUGGAGCAACUUCAGCAUGGCAAGGACGCCGAGAGAAACCCCGAGACCGAACAGAACUCAAGUGGCCAACGGCCUGCCAUGCCUCGUUGGAGAAGCUGGGAAGACGUAGGGAAUAGAAAGAUUGCUCAUCCAAGGCCAUCGGCUUCCUCGCUCCCUACUUAGGGGAUAGGAAGAACACAAAGGCAUAAUCUUGUAGCUUGCAAGUUCUCUCUCUGUAUCAUCUGUUCUUCACAGAUGCUCUUGAUAUUGCUCAUGUUUUCAGUGUAUAAAUUCCGAUAGCUUUAAUGAUACAUGCAAUGAAUUUGAGUCGA